ACAUGAGAACACUGUAUGAGAGAGAAGUAGCGUGAAUCUAUGCGACACACAAACGCCUAAUUCACGUUAAAUUCAUUCGAACAAGUUAAACACGUCUAGGACUUUAAGUGGAAUUGACGAUCUUCUACGUGUUUCUCUCGCGCGCGCUCUCAAUCUCUCUCUCUCUCUCUCGAAAGCCCGACGAGCGUUUUGUGUCACUCUCGAUAUAUAAUAGAAUAGUGAAAUCAUCGUCGUCACAGUAGCAGCACCACCAACGACAAGGCACACACAAAACAGUCGAACAAAAUUCAAAUCAGAUUCAGAGGGAAAAGAAAAAAGUGUACGUGUUUUGUAUUGCAAUUGAGAUUCGAUUCGGUAUUUUUUUUUAAUUUGCUAUUUCAAAAUAAAAUCAUUUAAACAAAUAAUUCGUCUAAUUGCUGUACUGGCGUAGUAUUAAAUUGUUCGGCACUCUUUUAUUUCUCCUGUAAUUUUUUCGAAUACAUUUAGUGUGUACUGAAUUUCAUGCGAGAAUAGAUCAAUCUAUAUCGUUUUUAUGUCGGAAACAUUCUCAACCGGAUUUGGUGCGGAAAUUGCUUUUCACAAUUCAUUACGAAGAUCUGCACAGAACAAGCGUCUUUAAUUAUGUUUUCCGUUUUAUCAUAAACAUCUAUAAUUGUUGUUAUUAACAGGUUUAUUGUGAGUGGAUCAUUUAAUGCCAGUUUUAAUAUGAAAUUACAUUCAAGAAUAAUAAAUUACGAGAGAGUUUAAAGCGUUGAAAUAAAAUAACAACAACAGCCGAAAAACGUUUAAAUAGUGUGUCAAACAUUUUAAAAGAAAUUCGGUUUGGAAGGAAAAACAGCGGUUAGUGAAGGAGCAACACACAAGUCAAAAAUUAAGCUGUUCGCUUUUCAUUGCUCAUUCGUUUCGUAUAGGGUUGUACGAAUGGAAAAGUAAAAAAGCCAAGAGUAAAACAAACACACUGGAAAAACUAUUUUGACAACAGAACUUUUUAAGUACGAUUGGAAUCUAAUCAGGUGAACCGUAUGAACGCGAGACGACAUCACGACAAUAGCUUUUCAAAUACAUAGAAAUCUACUCUCCGUCUCUCGCUCACCACUCCCGAUCAAACACAUUCCAUUGUGGGCCCAUCGUUCCGAUAGCUCCAUUUAAAUAAAGCGAACAUGGAAGUGUCAACGAUGGCGUUCCUCCUGAGUAACAGCAGUAGUUUAGUACCGGCAACGACAACGGCCAUAUCAAUCGUAGCACCCACAACGAUUUCAACGACUACCACAACAUUCAGCAUGCCAUUUCUAUUUACAUCCAUGUCACACCGAAAUCUCAACCAUCUCGCCAAAGUGACCGCUAGCACCAGGCAUCACAAAAAAGACUUUUCUCCGGUUACAUUGUCAACGGAAUGGUCGAGUAUGGCCCGAUUAUUGGUGUUGGCGUGUUUAUCGGUGAUUGGAAGCAUUGGAAAUGUUUUUAUGAUAUCAUCCGUUAUGAUUGAGGAUCAUUUAAAAAAGGCUGGUAAUGCAUUUAUAGUAAGUGUAGCGUUAGCUGAUUUAUUAGUAUCUAGCAUUUUGAUACCAACAUCGGUAGUUGUUUUGCUGGCUGGGUUUGAUGAAACGUCAAAGGAGAUUUGUAGAGUGCAAUGGUUUUUUGCUGCCUGUGCAUUUUUAGUGACUAUUCUCUCUUUAGCCUUAACAGCAUUCGAAAACUAUUUACGACUGUGCACGCCUCAGGAUUCACCGUCAUGGUUCAAUCGCAGUAACACAACCAUAAUUCUAUUAACCGUAUGGCUGGUGGCAUUCGUAGCAUCGGGCAUUCAGUAUAUAUCAAAUGUUGGCUUUGACUUUUGCAAUUGCGCAUGGAAUGGAUUGGUGCCGUAUCAGAUGGCCAUUUUUGCAAUACUCAUUAUUGUUCCGAUCAUCAUCACAUUUUACACACACUUGCGCAUCAUAUUGGAUGUAAAACGUUUCAUGAAUACGCCUAAUUUUAAGCCAAGUCUCAAUUAUACAUGGGAUUUGUCAUUGGCCCGCACCAAUUUUUAUAGUUUCAUCAUAUUUGUGGCAUUUUGGUUACCAUUCGGUAUUGUAUUGUCCUAUCAUACAUACUAUCAUACGUACCAUCAUAUAACGGCCGUUGUGAAUAAACGCUCAUUCUAUACAACCGCAUGGAUUGGAUUCAUCAAAUCGUGCUUUCACAAUGUCAUCUAUUGCAUCACGAACCGGCACUUUCGCAACGCUUACGUAAAUUUAUUUCAUUAUUGUUGCUGUAAAACAACCGUUUCGGUAUCGAGACGACAAAGGAACGAUACAUGCCGACCACCGUCCGAUGUACGCGUUCACAUCAUACCUGGCUAUAAUAUGUAUUCGUACACAAGUCCACGAUCGGGAAAUUGUCAUAAUUACUGGAGCAAACGAGAUGUGCAUGAAUUAUGAUCUGAAUAGGAGCACGAGCAAACUCGGUUCAACCGUGCACGAACGCAUCAGUCAAUGCACGCCGUGGACUUUGUCUAAUUCAAGUGUGUAUGUGUACGUCUAAGUGUGUGUCUGUGUGUUAUGUGUGCCAUGGUGUACCCAUUUCUCUUUGUGAUCGGUGUCAUUUUGCUUUUGCCAAGUGGUCGUCCUUUGGUCGAUAGUGGCAUUUUUUUUUGCCCCACGAGUCCUAAAACGCCGAGUUUGCCCAUGCUUGCUUUCGAUAACAGCUUCGCCAAACAUAAUUCUCUUUUGUUCGCAUUUAUACUCGCAGCUAUCUAGACAUACUUAAUGCCGCGUAGAUAAAUUCCUCGUACGGUAUUCGAAUAUCAAAUGGGCCAAGCAGCAGUAGAAACAAAACAAAAAAAGAAAAAGAAAUAAAGCACUCAACCAUCUCAUCAGCAUACCGUAUGAUGCACGUAAGUUUGAUGAAUGGUUAAUUAAACGAAAAUGGUUGAAACCAUAUUUGUUCGCAAAUACCAUAACAACCAUGUAUAUAAAAUACUUAUUUUUUAUCAAAGAAAAAAAAGGAAAAAAAAUAGACGCAAAAAGCUGAAUGUAGUGUAAAAAAAACAUCGAUGUAGAAACGAAAACUAUGAAGAAAAUAAAACUUUCUUUGAACAAAACACGCUCUGAUGACAUUUUUAUGGCUGCUUGCAAAAUAACAUAUAUUUUAUACUAUAAACUAUUUUAUGGAUCAAUAAUUUUUAUCACGAAUGACAUUUUAACUGAACACGCAAAAAAAUUUAUUAUUUGAACACACAAAAUCUAAAUUUUGUUGAAAAUCAA